CGGAGCUCUCUAUACAAGAAUGUAAACGAAGGUGUCAUGCGCUGGGAAGGAGCUUGAUUCAGAUGGCGCAAAAUUCAAUAUGUCUGCCCCCAUCGUAUUUCUGUGUAAAAAAGAACACUACACCAAAGAUUAUUGCACAACAUGAAUUAUGGCUUGCGAGUAAUGACAUACUCAUGUAUAUUGUUUCAUAUCAUCAGUGCAGAUAGUCAUCAUGACGAUUCAUUGUGAGCUAACGUAUUGCCGCUGGCAUGUGUUCAACAAUCACUCCGCGAAAGCGUGCAGCCAAGGUAUAUCUCAAGAUUAUGUCUUGUGUGUAAACAAGCUUUAGAACAUCUGGAUCAUCACAGCAGAAAUCCUGGACACAGAAAGAGCUGCAACACAAGCUUGAGACUUGCCAAUGGAAAGUGAUGUCCAGAAAAGGGAUGGUAUUUUGCUGUAAGCUUUAAAACAUAGAAUUUGGAACUGUGCAGAAUGGUUUUGUUGUCCAGUUCAACUGUACGCACAGAGCGUCAACUUCGAGUGAAGAGUCGUCAAGGAGGACGUAUCCGUGUUGUAAGAGAGUUGUAUUUACGUGAAGAUAUCCCUUGUCAAAGUUCUCUGUGCGUUGCUGGUUGUCUUAACAGUGCUGAAAGUCUGUCCCUCCUCCCAAGUGAUGUGACCCACUACGUAUUCCCCGACUGCCAGGUGGCACGAGAUUACUUGGAGAUCUUGGAGGCACCGGAGAUAAGAGGCAUCGUCUUCACUCAAACUGUAGCUAACAGUGUUCAGCAUGACGGUAGUAAGCGACUCUACAGCCGACUGAGGAAUAUUGUCAAGGAUCCAAGGCGUGGGUCAAUCACUUUCCACAAUGAGUUCCAGAAAUAUGCCUAUUGUGAGAGACAAGCUCGGGAGCCCCUGAAUGACUGGCACAUCAGAAGUACCUACCAGGCAGCGGAGUGGUUCUACAACCACCUUGCAGGACAAAUGCCGGUUGUCAUGGUUACACAGAACCAGGAGGCUGUUGCCAAGUACAGCAACAGGACUCUCAAUGUGUUUGUGAUGUGCCUGAAGGACUACCUUGUGGGGUUCCUCUCGUCACUCACAGGCGCCAUGGAUCUCUACGAGUCUCUCACUGCUGCCCUGGAAUCCAAGACUACAAAAGAUCGUGACUACUUGGGUUAUCUCCCCUCCGAUGUGUUGGAAGCAGGUAUCAAGUCAGGCCGCUACAUCUCUGGCUGCAUCCAUGUCAACAAACACAACGCCAUGACAGAGGCCUUCGUCAAGAGGACAGGACGUGACUUGAAAGAAGAGAGUGACUCUGACAUCCUGAUCCACGGAACUGCGUCUCGCAACAGAGCUGUCCAUGGAGACAAAGUGGUAGUUGAACUCCUGCCGCGAUCUCAGUGGAAGGGGAGAUCACUCUCCAUCAAGGAAUUAGGAGACAAGACAGGGGAGGCAACUGGUGAUGGUGAGACGACCAGUGAUGACAUGAGCAGUGUGAUGCCGACAGGCCGCGUCGUGGGGGUGCUUCAGAGGAACUGGAGGGACUAUGUGGCUAGCUUCUCCGCGGAUGAGGAGGCCCAGAAGAAUGCCAACAAAGCUGGGAAGGUUCUCCUCAUCCCCUGGGACUACCGCAUCCCCAAGAUCCGCAUCAGCACCCGACAAGUGGGCACACUCCGCGAAGACAGGAUAAUUGUAAGGAUUGACUCGUGGGAUGUGGAUUCACAGUACCCAAAUGGUCACUUUGUGCGGAGCUUGGGGAAGAUUGGGGAGCUGGAGACGGAGAUCGCGGCACUGCUUGUGGAGAACAACAUCUCGGUGCCACCUUUCUCCGACCUGCAGUUGAAGGAGCUGCCGACAGACACACAAGAGCAGCCGUGGACAAUGGUUGAGGAGGAGGUUUCAGCCAGACGGGACCUGCGACAGUCUCACCUCAUCUUCAGCAUUGACCCUAAAGGUUGCGAGGAUGUAGAUGACACUCUGUCCAUCAGACAACUUCCUCAUGGAAACUAUGAACUUGGUGUGCACAUAGCGGACGUCACCUACUUUGUAAAGCCAGGAUCCCUUUCUGAUGUAGAGGCAAGGUCAAGGUCAACAUCUGUGUACCUGGCAGACCGGAGAUAUGACAUGUUACCCACAAUCCUCAGUGCCAACCUCUGCUCCCUCAUCAGCGGAGUGGACAGGUAUGCCAUGAGUGUUAUCUGGGAGCUGACCCCAGACUUUGAAGUGAAGGAUGUUUGGUAUGGCAGGACUGUUAUCCGCUCACAGUACAAACUAUUCUAUGAGCUGGCACAGUCUAUAUAUGAUGGAGCUGCAGAUGAGGACAUUGUCAGUAACGUCCCUGAGCUGCACAGCGUAGACCAGUCAAAAGUGAAGGAGAGGUUGUCUGAGUUGAAGUGGGCAGUGUGUAAACUGAUGGAGGUGGCAAGAGUGUUGAAGUCUCGCCGUGUGUCCGGCGGGGCCUUGGAGCUCGAGAGUGUGGAAGUACGAGUGGAAAUGGAUGACAGCAAGAAGAUAGAUGACCUCACACCAAAAGAUCACCUGGAGAUUCACGAUACUAUAGCCGAGUGCAUGAUCUUUGCCAACCACUGGGUGGCCAGGAAGAUAGCAGAGGUCUACCCCAACCAGGCCCUGCUUCGUCAUCACCCGCUGCCCAGGCAGGACCACUUUGCCAACCUCAUCAACUGUGCAGCAUCCAAGGGCUUUACAAUAGAUGUGUCAUCCAAUAAAGCUCUUGCUGCGUCCCUGGAUUCCUGUGUGGACUCGGCAGACCUGACAGUAAACAAGCUACUCCGCACGCUGGCGACACAGGCCAUGUCCAACGCCCAGUACUUCUCCACAGGCAGCCUGGCAAGGGACCAGUUCUUCCACUAUGGCCUGGCUCUGGAUCUCUACACACACUUCACCUCCCCCAUCAGGAGAUACGCAGAUAUUCUGGUGCAUCGCCAGCUUCUUGCAGCCAUUGGUGCAGAUAGUCACGCCAGGUUGCCUGGCAACAAGGAGCUAGAUGAACUCAGCAACCACAUCAAUCAAAAGCACAGGGCAUCCCAGAAUUCGCAGAGAGACUCUCAGGAAAUUUUCCAGGCAUUGUUCUUCCGAGAUAAAUCUCCGAAUGAUGCGAGCUGCAUUGUGGACGCUGUGAUAUUCCAAAUCAGAGCAAAUGGUGUGCUGGCCUUCCUUCCCAGGUACGGCAUCAAGGGGCCCGUUUAUCUGAGGAACAAGGACAACCUCGUUGCCAAUGCCAACGCUGACAGGAAGUGUGAAUGGACUGGUGGCUCCCUCUCACGCACAGAUACUUCCAUUACAAUUACCUCCCCUUUCGGCAGUCAUACAUACAAGCUGUUUGACCAUAUCACAGUGCGGAUUACAUUGAUGCAUUCCCGGGCCCAUUCCUCUGCUCUGAAGCUGGAACUCAUCUCCAGCACUCCUCACCUGGAAGACAACCUGCAGCAUCGAGAGACAAGCCAUUCGAACAAGGCAGACAUCAUAAAGGAAGUCCGCAGUGCUGCUGAGGACAAGAAAUCAGAGUUACCCUUCCCUGAUUUGAGCUCCAAUUUCCAUCAGCUGAAGGCUGAAUAUGGGCAGACGGCAGAGAAUCACAGCUUGUACUGUGUGUUUCAGUCGUUCAGAGAGAUGGGACUCACUGUGGAUUAGGCAGGACAUAGUUGGAGGUGGGACUGACUGUGGACAAGGCAGGACUUAUUGUGUGUUCCAGUCCUUCAGAGAGAUGGUAGUCACUGUGGAUUAGGCAGGACAUAGUUGGAGGUGGGACUGACUUUGGACUAGGCAGGACUUAUAGUGUGUUCCAAUUCUUGAGGGAGAUAGGAGUCACUGUGGUCUAGGCAGGACUUAUUGUGUUCCAGUCAUUCAGAGAGAUGGUAGUUACUGUGGACUAAGUGGGACUUGUGUGUUCCAGUCCUUUAGAGAGAUGGGAGUCACUGUGGCAGGACUUAUUGUGUGUUCCAGUCCUUUAGAGAGAUGGUAGUCACUGUGGACAAGGCAGGACUUAUUGUAUGUUCCAGUUCCUUGGGGAGAUGGGAGUCACUGUGGCAGGACUUAUUGUGUGUUCCAGUUCCUUGGGGAGAUGGGAGUCACUGUGGACCAGGCAUGACUUAUUGUGUGUUCCAGUCCUAUAGAGAGAUGGGAGUCACUGUGGACCAGGCAUGACUUAUUGUGUGUUCCAGUUCCUUGGGGAGAUGGGAGUCACUGUGGACCAGGCAUGACUUAUUGUGUGUUCCAGUCCUAUAGAGAGAUGGGAGUCACUGUGGACCAGGCAUGACUUAUUGUGUGUUCCAGUCCUUUAGAGAGAUGGUAGUCACUGUGGACAAGGCAGGACUUAUUGUGUGUUCCAGUUCUUUGGGGAGAUGGGAGUCACUGUGGACCAGGCAUGACUUAUUGUGUGUUCCAGUCCUUUAGAGAGAUGGGAGUCACUGUGGCAACAAUAGUCAGCAACUCCCAGUGCAGAACAAUAACAACUGAACACCCGAAUAAUGAAAGAAAAAAAGGUUGUAUAUACUCAUGAAAUAAAAGUCUUUUGAAAUCA